AAAUACUUAAUUAGGUUUCAAGAUAACGAAAGGUCUGUGCUACUAAAUUAACCACUUUUAUGAGCUAAAAUGUCAAGGCUCCCAUUAAGGUCGGAGGCUCACAUCCGUGUCAUGCGCUCCCAAGAAGGUUCUCCGGCUUCCAUCCUCCGUGUCAGGUGAUCUCCGCUUGGUUUGGGUGGAGUAGUGAGAGGUGGACGAACGGUGAUGUUCCCUCCAUGCUUCCUGUCCAUUGAGCUCUGGAAUAAGGGACAGAAAUUUCAUGAGGUCUUAUAAAAUGGUAAAGGUAGUAACUCCAUCCGGGUUUAAAAUCAGUAACUGAGUACAUCACUUGUAUAUACACAUAUAUCCAUAUCUACAUACCGGGACAUUUCAUUUUUCUUCCCACCAAGAAUUACAUACAUUCAAAAUGGCUCCGAUUGCCGAGGUGACGGUUCCAGUCAAGGCACCUGCCACAGCAGAAGAUCCAUCAUAUAUGCCUGCUCUCCCUCACAAGAGCCUCAACAUUCCAGUCAGGGUCAAGCCGUCGCCAGAGGAGAUCUCCAAGGGUCGCCUUAACGAUGCUAACAUCAAGCUCCUGCUCUCUGGUAUGCACCGCGAUGGUGUCGUCAUCAUUGAAGAUGUCAUUGACACGGCUCAUCUGGAUAAGAUCAAUGAGUUCAUGGUCAACGAUACCGAGAAGGAGCUCCAGAAGGGAGACAGCUUAUACCGUAACUUCGGUGCCGAGAACAUCCAACAGGGCCCGCCAUUGUUUCCCCCUGAGUUUUUCUUUGACGAUGUCUACCUGAACAGCAUUUUGUUCCAUGCUGUGACCCUCUACCUAGGACCCAAUGCGAGCUGGAAUAUGAUUACGGGCAACAAUGCCCUCCCAAAUGGAACGAAGAGACAACCCGUCCACUCUGAUGCGAUGUGCCGUCAUCCUCCGGCUCCCUUCUAUGCGAUUGGCAACAUAUACACGGUCGAUGCCAGCCCAGAGAACGCCUCUACCGAGAUAUGGCUAGGCACUCAUCUCUACAACAGCGAGGCACAGUGUCCUCCCCGGCCCAAAGGAGAUACGAACAUCCUCGACGAGUUCGUCGAGGAGAGAAAGAAGACCCUUCCCGGUAUUCAGCCUGUGGUGAAAAAGGGUUCCAUUCUGUUCCGCGACAUGCGCACCUGGCACGCUGGCAUGCCUAACAGGUCGGACAAGCAGCGUUUCAUGAUAGCCCUUGGCUUCUCUGCCGCUUGGUGGCAUGGUAAAGCUCGCUUCCGAGUACCAGCUAAGACGGGCACCUAUGAGCGCCUCAUGCACGGCACCAAGGAUCACGGCAUCUUCCCCUUAAUGAAUGAAGUUCCAUUGGAGGAGUACAACCAGUUGAGGGAUGCGCAUGACUUUAAUGAUUCAGAGCAGCCAAGCUGGGAUACAGAGAUUUACUAAGGUUUGGCAAGGGUUGGUUCCCUUGUUAACGACCAGCCGAACUUUUCUCGCCUCUCAUUUACCCUUCGGAAGCAUGUAUAUGUCACCAGCAUUGUCUUUUCAACUCUCAUUUAUCUGAUAAGCACAAUCAUCAAGAAGACCAAUCUUGCACCGUAUUUGUUAGUAAGGAAUGGAUUCAUCUAAGGUGGAAAGAAAUUCUCUGGCUUCCACCAGAUUAUAGAUCCAUAUGUAUUGUUAUAAAAGGUCUAGCAAUCAGUCUAUCUCACAGCUAUUAUAGAAAUCAGGUAGUUCGGCCUACUCCCUUUAUAUAAUAUCCUC